AAGGAUAAAUUUAUUAUCUAGUUAUAAGCAGAUUAUAUUUCACUGAUUAAAAUAAAAUUAAAAUGAGGCAAAACGGUUUCCUAUUUCCCAUGAUAUGCCAAGUCAAAGUUAUCAAUAUUUUGAUAUUCGAAAGACCCGUGGAGGUCGCCAUUUUGCUCAAACUCCCCGUAUCUUCAUGGGGGGUUGUGACGUCAGCGACGUACAACUCGGUUGUCCGACCUUAUCGCGCGCUUGUUUGCUAGUGUAGAAACACAUGGGCUAAAGCUGAUCAGGAUGGUUUACUGCCAGGCGUUUGGCUGCCGAAAUCGGUCAGGAAAGGGCGCAAAAUGCAGCUUUUACCGAAUUCCCGAUCCGGAGAAGAGGCCAGAAAUCUCUAAAAAAUGGGUGGCUGCACUAAAGGUAGAGAAAUACAACAAGCCUUCCUACAAAAUCACGAGAUGUGAUGUUGUUUGUAGCGAGCACUUUACCGAGGACUGCUUUGAAAAGAACGUGAUAGAGUUGCCUGGGAAAGUUACUCCAAAACGUCUGAAAUUGGAUGCUGUCCCUUCAAUUUUCCUCCAUCAUGCCCCCCAGCCGAAAGUCCGGGAAAGUACGGAGAAGAGAUUGGCAAGGAUAGAAGCUCAAAAAUAUAUCCAAACAGUCUUGGCAGCACCAACCAGUGGAAAUGAUGACCAAACUUUUCAGAGUAACAUCCAAUCUACACGUACAUGCACCUCUGCUUUUGCAUCUCCUGCACCGUCAACCCAUUCUCAUCCAACUAAUGAUGAGCUUCGAGAGACUGCUGAAAAACUGCACACUCCUUCAUUCCUAUCAAAGCCAACACAAUCUUAUCCAGGACGUGGCAAGCGUGAACUUACUAGCGAUGAAGAACUCACUCCUUCAUUCCCUAUAAAGGGCCAACUUUCGCUGCAAUCUCGGCCUCGUAAGAAGCGCAGACGAGGAUCUAAAAAGAAGAUGUGCUCCGAUAAGGAAAGAACCUUCCAAUCUUCAGACACAAGCACACAGACAUGCCUUGAAGACAUUGAUGACAAUGGGCUGAGGGAGAAGAGCACCCAGUGGCCUCCAGACUUUGAUGCUAUCAACAUUGACCAUAAUUACCCACAAACACAGUUGCCAGUUGUGUGGCCAUGCUGUGCAAAAAGUAAGCUCAACAGCAAGGCUCAAGGGUCAUCUCCUUUGACCGAGCCGUCAAUGGCUAUGCCUCCACCUCCACCACCAAGCCAAUCACCAUCCAGGACCCCACCCACUGCACCUGGACCACCAUUACCCAGCGUGACCGUAACUACCUCUCAAGAAUCGGUAUCAUCUAGACCUCCACCAGAAUCAGAAUUGCACGCUCAGCCCAGUGAAAUAUUGACACCUCUUUUGUCUCCCAAGAAUUCUUCGAUGUCAGAUGAAUCAUCUUCUGAUGAACAAACAUCGUCGCAAGAUAGUUCAAGUUCAACUUCUUUUUACAACACCGGCACAUCAAGUGACCCUUCUUACGUACCUUCUGAUGAGGAAUCCUCCAGCUCAGAACCAGAAGAUGAGCCACCACAGCUUCGCUAUGUGAAGGAAAAGAAGUUUCUGGUGUUUGAGGAAUGUCUUGACACUUUGUUAUAUUCACAAAAGUGUGCUAAGUGUGGUUCUGGACAGAUAUGCGAGAUAAAGAAGUACUGUGUGGGCACAAUGCUUGUGGCAGACCUAACAUGCUUUUGUGGAAACAUAUUCAAAUGGUCCUCACAACCGAAGAUUGGGAAACAACCAGUUGGCAACCUUCUGACAGCGUCUGCAAUACUUCUCAGUGGCAAGACUUAUGAACAGGUGCGAUUCUUUGCCGAGCUUCUCAACCUCCAGUUUAUUUCCCAUACCACCUUCAACUCCAUCCAAAAUGCAGCCCUCCUCCCAACAAUUAAUCAUUUCUACGAAGAAAACAUCUCUUCUGUAAAAGAGGAAGUGAAGAAUAGAAAUGACAAGGUUGUCUUGUGUGGAGAUGGGAGGUGUGACAGCCCAGGCUAUAACGCCAAGUACUGCACAUACACAUUUAUCGACAUGAAGAGCCACAAAAUCCUGGACAUGUCCGUUGUCCAGGUGACUGAGGCAACAAGCUCGGUUGCUAUGGAGAAGAUCGGAUGUCAGCGGACAUUAGAGAAGAUAAUACAAGACGGGAUCGAUGUAGCGACAGUAGCAACCGACCGGCAUACAGGAAUCCGAAAGAUGCUCAGGGAACUCUACCCGUACAUCAUCCACCAAUUUGAUGUUUGGCAUCUCACCAAGUCAAUAGGAAAGCGGCUGAUAACGAAGUCCAAGCAGAAGGGAUGUAGUGAGCUUAGCCAGUGGACCCAGGCCAUUAACAAUCAUAUCUGGUGGGCUGCUCAACAUUGUAGAGGAGAUCCAGAAUUGAUCAUUGAAAUGAUCCAAUCUAUCACCCAUCACAUAUGUAAUAUACACCAUUGGAAUUCAUGUGAUCUGUAUCAUAACUGCGCCCAUAGAGAAUUCACCGAAGAGGAGAUCGAGGCAAGGAAAUGGUUUGUUCCGGGAUCCAAGGCGCAUACAGCUCUCCAGGAAGUCUUAUUCGACACCAGGUUGGUCAAGGACAUGAGACACCUCACCCAGGCUUGCCAUACAGGGUCCAUAGAGGCUUACCACAACCUGUAUCUCAAAUAUGCUCCCAAGCGUCUCCACUUCAAGUAUCCAGCAAUGCUUGGUCGUUCCCAGCUUGCUGUUCUGGAUCACAACCACAAUGUGGAAGCCAAACAAGCCACUGUCAAGUGCCCAAGGAGAGGUACAGCACCAAAAGGUAGCCUAAGAUAUCGGUAUGUGUUCUCCAAACACACUAAGGAGUGGAUACGGAAGAAGGUCCCAGAAGACAAGGACUACACUUACCUCUGGGAAGUUAUGGUUGCAGUGCUUGAGAUGAAAAUGGGCGAAUUUCUACCAGAAGAUCCCAUCAUUCCACAUCUUCCAGAGAACAUUGCGCCAGUACCUCGUCCUCCUCGUGCUGAAAUUGACUCUCGCGCAACGACAAGGUUCACCUCUUAGGAAGAAUUUAGCUGCAGGUUGGAUGAGAGGUCACCAUGUAACUCCUGGUGAUUGACCCCCAGCCAGUACCUCGUUCUCCUCGUGCUGAAAUUCACUCUCGUGCAAAGAAAAGGUUCACCUCUUAGGAAGAUGCUACUUAGCUACAGGUUGGAUGAGAGGUCACCAUGUAACUUCUGGUGAUUGAAUCCCAGCCAGUACCUCGUUCUCCUCAUGCUGAAAUUGACUCUCACGCAACGACUAGGAUCACCUCUUAGGGAGAUGCUACUUAGCUACAGGUUGGAUGAGAGGUCACCAUAUAACUUCUGGUGAUUGACCCCCAACCACAAACUUGGUCUCUUCAAUGUCACUGAUGUAAAUACUACCAGUAGUUUUAUGUGGACCAUUUUGUAAAAAAAAGGAAAUAUAAAGGUUUUUAUCGUACAUGUACUUGUAUGUCACCACAUUACUUCCAUAAUUGAUUCUAAAAGUAGAUGUACAUGUAUGGAUUCAAGACGAGAACAAGCGUUAGUUUACCUUGCAGAAAGAUGACACGCUUGAGAUUGGAUGAGAGGUCACUACAGUAACAUAACUUAUGAUGAGCGACUCCUAACAAAUACACGCAGUAUUUUCGCUUUGAAUGUUAAGCAUAAAAGUUCACGAAGGAGAUGCAUUCAACGUAGUUGCUGGAUAGUUACCCAUGCAAAUUCAUUUAUGUAAAUGGGCCUCAGUUGUGAAAAUUUCUCUGAUGUAGCCAACAGGUUGUUAGUUGUAAACGUCAGCAAGUCAUACAUUGUGGGAUUGAAGAUCCAAUACAUUAUUAUACAGGAAAGUCAUAUGUGUUAUGGACAAAGUGUUUGGGAUUUUCUUUUGAGACAGGAAAUGUACAUUAUUGUAUUUUCAGUUAUUUUGUGUUCCCAUUCACUCCUGGUGUCGAUAUAUCAAGAAGUAAAUCUUUGAUGUUCAGAUGCCAGAAUCGCAGAAAUAACACUGCCAAAAGAUUAAAUUGAUGCAGUUUAUACUCUGAUAAUUGUAGGUUGUAAAUUGAAUUACUGAUGUAAUUUAUAUUCAUAUUUUAUUAUCUAUGUGAAUAGGACCUCAAAAUCCCAAAGUCUUACAACUGGCUAUGAGUGGAUGACAAAAGUAGGAACACUCAUACGAAAGAAGGGCCCAUUCUUUGUAAUUUGUCUAUAUUGUGAUCCUACAUGUAAGUAGCAUCCUACAUGUACAUGUUCUUUUACAACUGCGGGAGUUGGCAAUGCAGUUUCUAAUAUGUGCAGGCACAUUAGGGUACACCGGUACACUACUACAAUUGUCAGGGUUCCCAGCCCAUCAGGGAUUUUCUUUUUACUUUUUUUCCAUUUGGGAAAAAAAUCAGGGAAUGUGAUCAGACCCAAAAGUUGAAAAUUCAUGUACAUGUACCUCAAAUCAGGGAAAUUGCCUUAAAUGAGGGAAAAAUCAGGGAAUUUUGAUCAGCCCCAAAAGUCGAAAUCAUGUUAGUAGUUAGUAGACUCGGUUAUAUUUUGUUGCAUAUUAACCUCUUGCUGUAUAAGGUGAGAAAAUGAUGGCUGUACGGGGAGAAGGGAGGCCAUUACAUGCCUGUGUAAUAGUACCUACUGAAUUUUACAUUAUUUUUAUGCUGAAAUACAUGUAUUUCACGGCAAUGACAUAGAAUACAUGCAAACCUUGGAAUGGGUAUAAUUAUAAAUAACUAUCUGAAUUUGUUCUAUCGAAAAGCUGGGAACCCUGAUUGUAAUGUUUGUGAGGUUGGACUCCCACAUAGCUGUAUAGCUAUUCAUUGCAGCAUUUACAUGUAGCUACAUGUAUCUCUUCAUUGCAUGUCAAAAUGGUUUUUACCAAAGUUAUUGAUGGAAAAUAAAGUUUGUCAUAAGUUAUGUGUAAUUUCUACAUGUGUUCAAUUGAUUGCAGUGCACUUAAACUUGGUAGUGAAAAGUGUUACGUGAAUGUAAAGUUUGACAGAAAAUAGUUUAGUGUGUUCAAAAAAGAAAAAUCAGUCACACCACACACUUGAGUGAUACAUUUUGGUCUGAGAUUGCCAAAUCCAAGCAUUCUUUUCUGUGAAUGAUAUUCUCAAAAAGUGCACUUAGAGAAUACACUGGUUCAACAUGAAAUUUGCAAUGGUCACUCAAGUGAUUCUAACAGAAUGUAUUAGAAUAUAAACCGUUUUCAAAUUUAGAAUUUGAUACUUUGUAUUAUGAUUCCUUCAGAAAGUAAUUGCUCAAUAAUUUGCAGAAUAACUCAGUCUGUUUUCUAUCAGGCCUUUCCUCUGUUAUUUUACAACACAACACCUGGCCAUGUUGGUUUACAAACUUAUUUCAGCUUUACUGUUACUCGGUUUUCACACAUUUUCCUUAUUGAUUUGCAAAUCUUUUUUCUUGAAAAUGUUGCUCCCUCUGACUAUGCAACUUUGCCUCCAAGUAAGAACCGCAUGUUUAAUUUGUACAUACAUUCAGAAGAGUAUUUUUUGUAAUAUAUAAUGGUUCAUGUAUUAGUAUUUCUGUUCUAAGCCUCAAGGCACACAGAAGAGAACUAUUACUCUUGGUUAUGUAUGUAAUCUACAUGUAUGUUAAUUAGAGAGUGCCCUUUUUCCAUGAGAGAAUAGAAUUUGUCAUACUUACGUGUUUUUAUUGGAAAUAUUCUACUUUUUAUACUUUGUUUUGAUGAAAGGACAUUUCUUGCUAUGGUAAAAUGAGAUUGACAAGAAGUGAUUAAUAAAUCUGUACAAAUAAAUGUGCAUUUUAGUAGAUAAGUGAAUUGUAAAUUUUAGUUUGGACAACUCAACCAUUUGUAUUUAUUGUGCCUGUAAUUUUUAGUUUUACAGAUUAUCACCAAUGCCUUUUCUUUUUGGCCAGUGAUUGAAUGAUAGAAGGCAUCUUGCCCAGUCCAACUUCUUAUGGGAAGUUGAACUUGGAUCAUAUGUACUUAAACAAUUCUUUGAUCCUAAUUAUCCAUGUACUUGUACCUGUAUGCAUAAUUACUACAACUUUUCAGAAUUUGUAAUGCUCUAUAAUAAACCUGUCAGGGUUUGCUUGAAUUCUCAUUUGACCGUUUCACUGCAUACUGGUAUAUAAGUGACCGUUGAACAUGUAAGGGAGUAACUAUUUUUCUCAGUGAAUCAUUUCAGGCUACUUCAACAUUUCAAAUCUCAAAUUUUGUUCAAAAACAUUGUGCUUCUCAUGCAGUUUAAUUUACCCAUCCAAGGUUGAAACUUGUAUAUUUUUGCUCUGUAAAUGUCAUUGACCCAUGUUUCCCCCCUUUACUGAUGAGAGACUGCCACUUUUCCUUCUCCCUAUAAAGAAUGAAAUGUAUCUUGCAGGGGGGGGGGUAAAUUUAAGUGGAAGAUGUAUUCCGUAAGAUUAAAGGGUGGUGAUUGAGGAGUAUGUGCAUACAUGUAUAUUCUGUCUUUUUGUGGUUUUGAUGGGUUUCCCCCAGUUAAUAUAAUUACUGCACUGUUUGUGAAUUUUACAAAGUAAAGUUUUUUUUUAUAUAGCA